AUGAUCGAAGAGCUUGAAGAUGUUAGCACGCCGGACAUCAAUCUCGUACGAAGACGGAUCCUCAGCCCGAGUCGCCUGCAAUAUCGCGAACGACAACCUCCGGCCGAGCUUAUGCGCGACACGCAAAUGCCCACCAUCAUGGAGGACAAGACCUCUCUGCGACCGACUUAUCUGUACUGUGGCCCUCGAAUACCAUACUACCUCCACGGCUGUGCAGUGCGUAAAGUCAAGAGAAGUUGGGAAAAUAGUGACCGAGGUGCAUUGAGGAAGAAGGAUGUCCAGACGAGGGCAAGGCGAGUACUGGGCGUGACGGCCGAGUUGGUGCUUGCCUCGACCGAGUCUGCGCCGGCUCACGCUGCCCCGGAAGACACGACUCGACCCUGUCCUGCCGAUGUGGAGGAGUGGACUAGCAAGGCCAACAAGCGUGCCAGCAUCUUCAGCCACGUCUCUUCCGGCCCGAGCCAGAUAACAAGCCCUCUCUGCAGUCUCAAAGAUACCAUGCAAUGGUCCAGCCUCGUCGACACGUUCUGCACCGCCCGCAUGCCGCCGUCCGCUGCGUGUCCACCAACAACACCGAACCGCAAGCUCCUGCUCGCGCUGUCCACAUUGGUCGCAUCCAUCUCGCUUUUCACGAUCGCUGUGUCAAUGACGGACGCCAUCAUUCGCAAGGCGAGUUUGACGCGACUGCGCCAAAUCUCCGCAACGGUCCAUCAUCGAACCCACGCCGUCAUCAAGCCCAUCACUUUGACCAGCGUUGGCCCUACCACCUACAAAGCUACACUUCUUCGAGCUCGCACCCGCGUGGCGGCGGCUUUGAGUCACUCGAUCGACUUUAUCCUUCGCAUCUCUGCUUCCACCGUCACCUCGCUCAGCGCUGGACAUAUCACGUGUGAAGCUGCUAGUCUCCGAGCCUUCACCAGCGUAGCAACCGCAUCGACCGACCCUUUCAACUACGCUUCUUCAUGA